AUUAAUUUGUCUAUUAAACUAGACCAUACCGUUGCUGCGAAAAGCUUGACAAUCUGAAUGAUCACGUGAAUUUACCUCACCAAAAUUUCACAAGAAUGGCCACACCUUCCCAGAUGGAGUUUGCUGUGCAGAUGACAUGCAAUAGUUGUGUGGAAGCUGUCAAAAAAUCUCUUGAAGGGAUAGAAGGUAUCCAGGGGGUUGAUAUCAAUCUCUCUAAGGAGCAGGUGAUUGUUACUACUCUGCUUCCUUCCAGCAGAGUGACUGCACUCUUGGAGUCAACAGGACGUAGAGCUGUCUUGAAGGGUCAAGGGUCAAAUGUCACAGGUAAACACCUUGGAGCAGCUGUAGCUUUGCUAGAGACAGGAGAGUCUGCCCGAGGAGUGGUUAGAUUACUUCAGGUAGCUCAGGAGACUUGUAUCAUUGAUGGGACUAUUGAUGGUCUAUCACCAGGCAAACAUCCUCUCCGCAUCCAUCAAUAUGGAGACAUCUCUGAGGGGUGUGCAAGUUGUGGCAACAUAUUUGAUGCAAGAGGUAUACUUCAUGGAGAGAAGGCUGCAGAACAAAAGGCAACAGGAUAUCUUGGUGAGAUUGUUGCAGAAGACAAUGGCAGAUCCACAUUCAGAAUGGAAAAUGAUCAACUCAAGGUUUGGGAUGUUAUUGGUCGAUCCAUGGUCGUUGGAGAAAAGUCUGGUGUCACCACAGAUAUUGGAGCUAAAUUUGGUAUUGGAAUUUCAUGUGGUGUGAUAGCUAGAUCAGCAGGAUUAUUUGAGAAUACAAAGAAGAUCUGUGCCUGUGAUGGUAUCACACUUUGGGAUGAGAGAGAAGUGCCUGUUGCUGGUAAGGAAAGAAGUGAGUUCGCAAAGAAAAAGGCUGGAAAACUCUAGCUCAAAAGCAAUCGAUAUUCAUUUAUCGGUUAUCAAUGAACUGUAAUACUUAGUCUGCAUAUGUUAAGUUUUGCUAUGCCAGGCAAAUCUGAGAUUUUUUUUACAAGAAUACCCUUUGUCUGAAAGUAUGCAUAUCGUCGCGUGCCUGCACAAAGGCCACUAUCGCGCGUGGCGAUGGAAAGGUUAGUUGUCCAAAAUAACAUAGAAUUUGACACAAAAAUCGUUGAAAUAGCUUAUGAAGAAGCCGAGAUAUACACUUUUGACAAAAAUGGGUUGGGGUCAACAACCUUUUUGCCCCAAAUCGUUUUUUUGGUGGCACCCCCUCAAUUUUUGACUGAUUUUUCUGAAAAAGGUGUCAAAAUGCUCAGGAGCACAAGCUGCAUCUAUAGAGCUGGUCCUCUCUGUGAUCUGAAACAUCAACAUUCUAUAGCCCACCACUAUUUAAAGAUUUAGAUAUAGAGGUUUAAAGCACCCCCAGGGUAAACUGCGUUAAAAAUGCCCCUUUCGUAAUAAACAGUGCAUUAAAAAUGCCCCUUUCCUAACUGAAAUUGCACUAUUUUCUCCUUUUUUUUAAAUGCAUUAUGUUGUGUUCUUUGUACGAUGCACACUUUGCACUUGUUCUAUUUUAUACAUUAUAAUAUAAGCUCUUUUUUUGCCAUAUUAGUGGUCCUUUAAACCCAAACAAAAGCUUCCUUUUUAUUCCUGAAAAGUAAAAGUGAAUAUUCUUGUUUUUACUACUCACUGUUCUUUUUCUGUUUGAUAUAAAAUUCACUCUUUUUAAUUAGGACCUUUCCACAGAAAGUAACUUUUAACAUAUUGAAAAAUUCAAUUAGGGUAUUCUAGCGUAAAUGCUCCAUAAUUUCACUUCUGAAAAUAGCCAUAUUUUCUCGCUCCCUUGCAUAAAAGAGCCCCUUCACUGCCAUGCCAUUAUGUGUAGGUUUUUUUUUACUUGGUUCAAAAUACUGACUUUCUCUGUGGUUAUAAUGGCGAAUGUUCCUGCUUGAUCACUCCAGCCGUCGUCAACAAAUACACCUCCUAUGCACUUGCCUAUUAUAUAAUGUUUUAAUUAUGAAAGGGUAGGUUGUUUCGCUUAGAACGCCCCUUCAUUGCAAUGUCUUAUUACAUACUAUUAAGCUAUAGACCAUGUUUUAUUUUCACAGAUGAAAACAUGCAAACUGCCCAUCACUUCAGUACCCUAUUUCACACUAUAUUACUGUAGCAUAUAAACACAUAAACAUGAUAAAGAUGUUACUCUUCUUUGACUUCAGAAUACGAUAAACAUCGCAUUGAAUACUAACUGCUUUGUUUUAUGUACGUGUAUCUGUUGAGCUGCAUUUCUUGUUUCAUGUACGUCGUAAUGCCUUGGCCUUGAAGUUUGAUGCCUUAGCGUUGGCCUUAGCCUAUAGAGUUCAUGCCUUGACUACAACACUGAUAAUGGAUGAACACAGAGUUCUUAUUAAUAAGCCAGCAUGAAUAUGAUAGAAUCCCUUGUACUGGCUUGGGAUAAUACCUGCCUUACACAAAUCAAGUAGAUCAUGUUUCUUCUCAGGAGCAAUUCCAAUAGGAUGCUCAUACAGGGUCUGCAGCGCAUCCCUUUGGCAUCUCCAAUGCCAUGGACACAAAUCUCCUGGAAAUCCUCUGUGAAGUUUGUCCAAACCUUCACAGACCCAGGGUCUCUUUUCUGCACCAUUUUCUGGCAGAUAGACAGCCAAUUGACUGCCCUGCCAGCGAUGUCCUUAUCGCAAUUGCGGCUUUUGUGCAUUUGACUGCAUAAUUUUGUCACUGCACAAAUGCCAUAAUGCAAAUAGCGGCCUUUGUGCAGGGAAAUUUUGUACCAAAGGGAGAUAACGGCCUUUAAGAAUAAUUCAAUAAAAAAGACGCAUCUGGAAAAAAAGUGACGUAUCAAAUGGUAGCAUUUUUUAUUUCCUACCUGAUACAGACAAAAAGUAUUUUUCGAAAAUUUUGACAAAAUUUGCAGAUAGCGGCCUUUGUGCGGGCAAGUGACGAUAUAAGUUUAAACAUGUUUGUUAAAUUUUGUGUUUAUGCAUUUAUUGCCAAAGAUAUUCAUUAUUCAGGGUGUAAUUGUCCCAGUAUGAGAUGAAUGAUGGGUCAAAUUUGAAUUUUGAUUUCAAUUGACUUUUGCUUUUGAUAUUAGUACAGAAAUCUGUGUAUGUCUUAUUGAAAACGUUAAAGUUACUAAAUUACCAGUUUAUGUCAAAAUUGACAUUAUACAGAUAAAGGUAACAAUAUUUUAAAAUAUUUGUUUACAGCUGUUACAAUCAUUGCAGAUAAAAAAUGAGAUAGGCCAUUAUAUACUGUAUGUAUGCUGUUAUGGAGCUUUUGAAAAUAUGACAAUAUUUAGAUGAUGAUAGAUCUGCAAACGUUCAAUCCUAAUCAGAUUUUCAUAAUCUAAAUAAAAAUUUAGAACUUAGCAUGUACAGUUCAAUUUUCUUUGAAUCUUCCAUUCUCUUUUCCUUCUAUCAUGUUUUUAAAAGCUCCCUAAUUUCAGAAUUAAUUCCAUAAGUUAAACAGGAAAUAAAUGUAUCUUAUACAGUAGUAAUAAAUUCAUAUUUAUGCUUAUGUGCAAUUUGUUUUUUAUAGUGAAGAACUUAUAUAAUAUUGUAUAUGUGAUCAAUGCAAUAACCUACUAAAUAUAUGUGGGAAAAUGUGUUAUGAGAUUCUCUCUCAUAACUGUGAUUGUAUACAACAUACAUGUACAAGAAAGUAAAGAGAAAAUGAGUAGUUAUGCUACAUCUCUUAGGCAAGCAUGGAAUAUGAAACAAUCCAUAAAAAUGUAAUUGUUAACUCUGGACUUUAGAAGUUUGGAAUUUACUUAUUAGCUGUAAGAUGUUUGCCUAAUUUUAGGCCUAUUAUGUAAAAAAUUAUAGUUUAUUUAUGUACACAUUCCUUAAUGUAGGUGACGGGUUGAUUUUUUUUUCUUUAAAUUUUGUAACAGCAACGAUAUUAAAUAGUAUGCUAAAAUACAUGAAUUCAGACAUUUUUGUCUUGCUUGCAUAGACAAAGUAGACUUUAUUUGUCUGUAUUGACAUUGAUGGUGCAGAUUUUAUGCAAUUGUCAAGCUUUUGUGUCAAUAAUAUGACAAUAACUAUAAUUUUUUUAUACUAGAUAUAUAGCUUCAUCAAAUUCAUACCCAGUCUCUUGAAUUGUAAUAGUCAAGUUAUGAAAUCAGCUGGAUCUGACCCAGUUAAGAGGUCAAGAUAAAUGCCUUUCGUAGGGGGGGGGGGGGCUGAUGCUACUGCAUCCCUCAGAUGCAUCUCUUAAAGCCACAAGUCAAGUUAGAAAUUGAAUAAGAUCUGAUCCAGUCCAGACUCCAAAAUUCAAACUUUCUGCAAAAAGGACUGUUUAACUUGUAAAUCUUUUCAAGUUGGGGUUCUAAAGUUUGAUGGGUUAGAUUUAACCCAGGCCCAAGGUUGAUGUACUUUCUGUGGAAAUACUGUAAUCAUUGUCCUUCUUGUGGUAUUGAGGUAUUCUUAUGGUGACAUACAUAUAGGCAGGUAAGACAAUUGUUAAUGUCUGUCUCUUGCUAUAUAUUUUUGUAAACUACCUGUUCUUUGUUCCAUUUUAUAGUAGAUUGCAUUCCUAUAUGAUUUGUUACGAUUCUGAAUCUGUUAUUGAUGUUGAAUGUACAUCAAUAUAUUGAAAUAAUAAGUUUGCUAAUGUUUAUGACAUGCAUCAUGUAAGAUACUACAAAAGAUUACCAUUUUAAAGAUAAAUCAUGUGAGGAUCAGUACUUUA